AUUUUAGAAAAAUUAAUCAAAUCCACGUCGGCUGUUAGAUCGUAGAACAAACGGCUACCUCCAAACCUUAACACCCGCGAAGCUGCCAGUGUCCACGGUGCUUCUAACAGUGUAGACGUAUAGUAGUCUACUUCUUAUCCACCCUGACGAUUGCUCACUUCUCUCCUGCUCUUUUCACUGAAACACAUACGCUACUUCCCUUACCGGAGUUUGCUUAGCUUCACUGCUUUGGUGUUAACCUUGUCUUCCUCUCGUCAGGUUUUUCCCCCACGUGAAUAUUCUCUACGCAGCCCUAGCACAUCUAACAAGAGGAGAGGGUCACCGCUGCCAUUUUGUUACAGAUAAAGGGCACGCCCCACUGUUGCUUUUGGUGGCUAGUUAGGCUUACGCCUGGACAGACGUAAUCUUCGUGCCAUGAGAUGUGGAGAGACAAUAAUAAACCUCCCGGAAAACAGCGGCUUUCCGAAAGAUUUCCAAGACAUGCUUUGAAUAGUUUCAAAGUUUGUAGGUUUUAAAAUCUGCAAAUUCUUCAUGACUAAUGACUCGGAAAAAAUAUUAAUCUAGUACUUCAACUUUCUAAGGGAAGAGAUUCUUCAUCUUAUUUUGGUGAUUGCCAAGGGGUUUUUAAAACAAAUCUCUUCUAAUCUAGUGCUUGAACAGUAUAUAUUUACACUGAUUUCUUGAAAAUUUCUAAUAGCAAACAGUUAAAUAUGGCUAAUUUUAAUAGAGUUUAGUUACUUCAAAAUGUCUAAAAGUGUUUUGUUCAUUAACUAAUUCGCAAACAUUGUUCGGUGUUAACUCGCGAGUUUUAAGGAAGAAAGAAAUAAUGAUGUCACCAAAAAGUCACCCUAAAGACGGCAGUACGACGGUCUGGAAGGAGGUCGUGAUGAGGAAUUUCAGCAUCUUCCGAGAACAGCCCCAACACUCUAAUGCUGCUUCUGCCUUCAUAGCAACUGCUUCGGCUGUGACUGCAGCGCACUCUACUGGAACAACCAAAAACAUGGCGUCUAGUUCGGGAUCGGGCUCUAACAACAUAGAUCACACGCACGUACGAUUGUCGCUUCCAGAUGUGCAUGUCCCAGAGGAAAAAGUUUCAACAUCUCAUUCAAGUUAUUCACUGCCUACAGUCAGGAAGCGUUCGCCAGUUGUAAGCCGAACUCGAUCUGUCGAUGCACGUGCAGCGCACGUGCCACGUUUAUCAAUUUCAGGUCGAUCUGACAGCCAUCAUUCAGCGGCAUCAAAUGAGUUACGAACUCCCAUGUCCCCGCACCAACGUUGCUCUUCCCCAGUGACACUGUCUCCAACACCAGAUAUCACUCUACGACCCUCCUCUCCUACCUAUGGAGGAAGACCACGCUCCCUCUCACCUGUAUCACCGUUACUGUCCCUGGCUUACCUAUCAGGCUCUGACUCCGCUAACAGCGUGGGAUCUAUCAGCCCAAUAGGGGCCAUACAACCUGACCUUUACAAAAAGAAAGAUAUGGUGUUUUUACAGUCUUCGGACAGCCAGGACAAGGCUAAAUACGGAAGGUUACAUUUCCGACUGAAGUACGACUUUGAUCGAUCGGACUUUGUUGUCCAUGUUAUUGAAGCUCUAGACUUAGGGACAAUAUCAGAGAAUGGUUUUAAUGACCCUUAUGUCAAAGUUACCUUGGUACCAGAAGUCGAUACGAAACCGAGGCAAACAGAAAUCCAGCGCAACUCAUCAGAUCCCGUGUUUGACGAAGUUUUCAAGUUUCCGGUUUCGUUUGACGACCUUCCGGAGAAGAUCCUGCUUCUUCAGGUUUUCGAUUAUGACAGAUUCUCCAGAAAUGACAUUACUGGAGAAGUUCGAGUGAAUAUGUGUGAUGUUGAUGUGACCACGGAAACAGAGGUUUGGAGCGAAAUAUCCAAAACCAAUAAGGUGUCUCGUGACAGACCAGAAAUCUUAUUAUCGCUCAGCUACCUACCCUCUGCUGGUCGACUAACUGUGGUCGUCCUCAAAGCCUCGAACUUAAUGUCACAGGAAUCAAAAGAACUUCCUGACGCUUACGUAAAAGUUGCUCUUGUCUACGGAGACAGAAAGAUGAAGAAGAAGAAAACUACGACAAAACGAGCAACAAACAACCCAGUGUGGAAUGAAGCUUUAAGCUUUGGCAUAUCAGAAGAUGGGCUGAAGCACUGUAGUCUGAUGGUCAGCGUAAUGAACUGUCACCAUAGUAACACGCCUCUUCUUGGAACCUGUAUUCUUGGUAUGAAUGAACAUGGGAGGGGUAUAGCACAUUGGCAAGACAUGUUUCACAAUCCUCGUAAGGCUGUCGCUAUGUGGCAUGGAUUACACAUAUGAUGGCAAUCUUUGAGAAAAUGGUUUCUUAAAAUUUAGUCCACUGUGGUUUAAAGGAACGUAUAGGACAUCGGAAAAAUUGUCGAAUAAACAUGAUAAGGUUCUCAGGAAAGCAGAUCCGGAACCAAGUACUUGUUGGCUUGUAUACUGAAUAGGGCAGGAUAUUAUGAUAAAUUACCACUUAGUAGCAGUUAUUCCUACACUUACAAUUAAACAUACGUUAACUUAACACAUAUUCUGUUGUAACACCGACUAUUAUAUCUAUACCUUGUUUCAGUGUGAAUUAUGGCCACGAUAUAGUUAUUUAGUUACCUAAAUAUACGUUUUACAACCCAUUACUUGAUUUAUCUGGGAUCAAAUGUUAACAUAAUUUUGCCUUCCUUUGUUAACGCAUAACAAAUAUUUAAGAUGAUAGUGAUAAUAAUGUUUAUGAUCGCAAACAUGAUUUAAUGAUUUUAUUUUAUUAGUGCGCGUAUCUCAGAGUGGUUUCAGCAGGUACGUGUCUCCCAUGACACGUGAGUAUACCAACAAAAGCGUGCUGGAUAACUGAUAAGUGUAACACAGCAUUUUUAGAUGAAAUUAUGACAUUCAGUGAUGAAAUUUGAAUUAUACCAACAACAAAAUGAAAAAUUGAUAAAAACUUUUCUUACACCACAUAUAAAAACAAUUUCCGUAGUCAACAAUAUACCGUGCCAUUUCCAGCUUUAUCAAAAUUUUCCAUCAGUCUUUCUUAACAAUAUAAAUUUAAAUAUUCUUACUGGAUAUCUCUUCAUAAAUAUGAACAGAACUUUUGGUCCACAUCGACAUCCUUCGUCGUUGUUGCAGUUUCAUACGAAUGGAAACCUUCUCUAGGUCAUACAGUUAUAAACAAGUAAUACAGAGAGUUACAGAUAAUUGUAGUAGUUUAAGAAUCAAUGUUGCUACUUUUCAAACAAAAAAGUGAAGAAAUGAUGGUCAGGUAUUAGAUAGACGAAUGGGAAGGUAGCUAGUCAACACUAUCCACCUCCAACUCUUGGGUUACUCUUUAUAGACGAAAAGUAGGAUUAA